AUUAAGAAAGAAAUUAGUAAAGAGAUAUUAGAACAAGUAUUUUCAGAAGUAUAGGCUUCUGCUGUACCAGGGAGGGUGAAGAAUGCACCCCUUCAUAGUAAAAAGGCUUAAGAAAGGAACACAACCAGUGAGAAUUAAGCAGUACCCCCUGAAAAGAAGAUAGGGAAGAAAUCAGCCCAAUAAUCAAUGGUACUGGAUUGAGGGCUGUCAAUAAGAUAACAAGGAAUUUAUACCCUGUAGUAGCAAAUCCAUAUACUUUACUAACUUGUUUAACACCUGAGCUAACCUGGUUUACUGUUUUAGACCUGAAAGAUGCCUUCUUUUGCCUCCCUAUCCACAAAGCCAGCCAGAAAAUUUUUGCAUUCAAAUGAGAAAGCCCUGAAAGCAGUGCAAAACCCAGCUCACAUAGUCCAUGUGCCUCAAGGCUUCAAAAUUCCCCCACUCUGUUUGGGAGCAACUUGCAAAAGAUCUGGAGUCCUGAGAAGCUCCACAGGAAGAAGGAAGGCUGUUGCAGUACGUGGAUGACCCUCUAGUAGCCACUCAGACGAAGGAAGCAUGUGUGGCCUGGACGAGAUCUCCAGUGGACGAAAGAAGCCACACGGGCCUUUCACCAGCUAAAGAGUGCCCUCAUGUCAGCUCCAGCCUUGGGACUUCCAGAUGUAAGUAAACCAUUCUUUCUAUUUUCCCAUGAAAAACAGGGAAUUGCCUUGGGAAUACUGGCCCAGGACUUGGGUCCAUACCGGAGGGCAGUUGCUUACUUCUCCAAGCAACUAGAUGCAACAGCCAAAGGAUGGCCAGGUUGCCUCAGAGCUGUAGCAGCAGUCGUGCUGAAUAUUCAGGAGGCACGCAAGUUUACCCUGGGACAAAGAAUGACUGUGCUAGUGUCCCAUACAGUGUCCACAGUACUGGAAGUAAAGGGUGGCCAUUGGCUUUCACCACAGAGGUUCCUGAAAUACCAGGCCAUCAUGGUAGAGCAAGAUGAUGUAGAAAUAGUGGUGACUAAUAUUGUCAACCCAGCUUCCUUUCUCAGUGGAAAUCAAGGGGAAGCAGUGCACCACGAUUGCCUGGAGACCAUUGAAGCUACCUACUCCAGCCGCCCAGACUUAAAGGACACUCCUUUGGACGAUGCAGAGACCUGGUUCACUGACGGGAGUAGCCACGUUGCCAAUGGAAAGCGACAUGCUGGGUAUGCAGUGACCACCUGCAGAGAGGUAAUAGAAUCCGGACCCUUACCAACAGGCACCUCUGCACAGAAGGCCGAGAUAAUUGCCCUGACCCGUGCCUUAGAAAUGGCAAAAGGAAAGAAGAUAAACAUCUACACAGACUCGAGGUAUGCAUUCGGAGUCGUGCAUGCACAUGGAGCCAUCUGGAAAGAGAGGGGACUUCUGACCUCACAGGGAAAGAACAUCAAACAUGCACAAGAGAUAAUCCAGCUGUUAGAAGCAGUUCAGCUGCCUGAAAAGGUAGCAAUUAUGCAUAUCAAGGCACACCAAAGAGUGAGCUCAGAAUUGGAAGAAGGAAAUGAGCUGGCGGAUAGAGAGGCAAAGGAAGCAGCAAAAGGUGAGGUAACUAUUGAAGGAGCCCUAAUUCCAGAUGGACAAAUUUCCCUUGAAGGUAAGCCAGAAUAUAGUAAGAGAGAUAGAAAAUUAAUUGAAGAUCAAAAAGGGACAUAUAACCAAGAAGGGUGGGCUACCAUUGAAAAGAAGCUGGUAAUCCCUUCCCAUUUAUUGUGGUCACUAGUAAGGGAAGAGCACCAGAAAGCACACUGGGGAAUAGAUGCCCUAUACACCUACUUGAUUGAAAGAAUAGUUGCUAGGAAUUUAUAUGCCACUAUUACUCAGGUGACCCAACAGUGUGAUCUUUGCCUCCAGACUAACCCCAAAAAUGCUCCCAAACCGAAACUCGGUCAGAUUGGGAGAGGCCAUGGGCCUGGACAGCAGUGA